GAUAUUCCGAUAGAAGAUUGUCACUAAUUUGUUUUGAGAUGAUACAAUAUUGGAAAUUGGGCCCACCUAGCUGGGCCCUCUGGAUGGGCCGGCAAAUAAGAGUCACACAAGGCCUUCUUCACAAGGCUCCAAGCCUCCCCCAACCAAAAAAGUCGCGAAGACCACCGCUGCCCCCACUUCCUGACGCCGCCGGCCGUCGACGGACGGACCCCAAUGGACUCCCCCGGCCGGCCCCGCCGCUCUCCGCCCGCCGAGCGCUUCCUCGGCCUCUUCUCCACCCCGUCCCCCUCCCUCCCCUCUUCCUCGCCCUCCGCCGGGGACGAGCUCCUCGAGGGCGACCUCCUCUUCCCCGCCCCGGCCCCCUCCUUGGACCCGCCGCCUGACAGCUCCAAGAAUCCGGGCCGCGUCCCGCGUGGUCACCUCGGCCUGCUCGCCGCGCUCCAAGAAGGCGAACGGAAGGUACCUGGACGCGGCGGAGCUGCUGCUGCCGUGGCAGUGUCCACGGUCACAUCCGGAACCGCUGGGACGCUGCUCCGUCGCAAGGCGACCAUCGCCGCGGCUGCCGCGGCGGCGUCGGCUUCCUCAGCGACGCCGUUGCGGUCCCCGCCAUCCGCCUCGCGCGCCAUCCCGGUGGCGCCGAGGGCCAGGGACCCCGAGCUGCCGCCCGCGGUGCCGUACCACCAGUCGGCCCCCGUCCAGGUCCCCAUUCCCCCACCUUGGAGUCGCGGGCGCAAAUGGGACGAACUCAACGGUGGGUCUGGCGACGGGGACGACGACGACGAGGAGCUCUUCCGUGGGGACGCCGCCAUGCUGCCCCCGCACGAGAUGGUGGCGCGCGCGUCCGCGGGUGGCGGCUACGGCGUGCCCGGUAAGCCGUCCUCGAUGCUGGAGGGCGUCGGCCGCACGCUCAAGGGACGCGACCUCCGGCGUGUGCGCGACGCCGUGCUCCGGCAGACCGGCUUUCUUGACUGAAUCCGGCAGAGGUGGUAACUUUUUUUUUUGGGCUGCAUGAUCUCAGUUGUAGCUUUGGUAAUGAAUCGUACCGUAAUUCUAGAAAUGUUCGUGCCUUGUGUUUGCGUACAAGGAGAGGUGAAACCAGAAAAUUAUGGAUA